AUGGGCCUGAGGAGGGACGAUACUGUUCUUGUUGGUGGGACGCCACCGCCACCGCCUAGUUCUCCAGUCAAGAAGGCACCUGUGAAGACGCCUGAGACCCCGGCAAAGGCAUCAGCGUCGGCGGAAGGGAAGACUGAAGAUAAUGAUAAAAGUGCUGCGAAGAAGGUGCCUACUACGCCGACUGAUACACAAAAAUCGGACAAAACCGACAUUGGAAAAAAUUACAUCCCGGAAAGCCUGAAGGACACAUCGGCAUUGGAUGAGCUAACGGCAACAGUAAAAGAACCGGGGAGUAAAACUACACCGAUAAUUAAAAGUACUGGAGGCCAAGGGCCCGGCCCGUCUAGUAGUUCGGGGAAGCAGCCGGCGGCAAUCCCUCUGGGCCCUCCGAAAGAACCUCUUAUCAGCCCGACCUUGGCAAAACCGUAUCAUAACUUCGACACAUAUGCCAUGGUAAAGCAGUUGGAGAAUGGUGGACUUAAAUACGGCCAGUCAGUUGUGGCGAUGAAGGCUAUCAGAGGGUUGCUGUCGGUGAAUCUAGAUAAGGCGAAGGAAUCGAUGGUGACGAAAUCGAAGUCGGAAAAUGAGAAUUAUCUUUUCCGAGCCGCCUGUUCUGAGUUAAAAACAGAAACAGAAUUUACUAGGCGUACAGCUUUGGAAAAGACAAGGACAGAACGGGCGCAAAUACAACAUGACUAUGAACAACUAGAGCAAAAGCUGAAUGAAGAUUUGAUGAAUCUGAAAGAUGAGGUAUCGAGCCUGUUCAAUGAUCGGAAGAUAGUAACACGGCAGGAAGAGCGGGCCAUGGAGAUCAAGAUCCAAGAAUUGAACUACAAGCUGACGAUAUUGCUUAACGGCGAUAUGAGGAGCGAGAUUGAGGCUUUGAGGUGGACGACAACGAGGAGAGGUUUGAUUGCUAUUGCAAUUAUAGCUGUUCUCGUUGUGACGCUCAUCCGUUACACCAGCGUCCAGUCCCAAGCUAGUAAAAAGGAGGCUCAGAAAGAGACAAAAAGAGAGAAAACAAAGGACUCUCUGCAUCACGCUGCUGAUGCAGGGUUAGUGGCGUCCCUCUCAUCCUCAUUUAGAGAUAGACCUGACGGAAAAGAUAAUGGGGAUGGUGGAACGUUCGUAUCGCUAGGGUAG